AUGGCAUGCUCAUACCGGGAGGUGCUGCAGUGCUCCAAGGCACGGCCAUGCAUCCAUGCCUUCCACCUGAGACGAUCAGAGUCAGAUCUAGCCACGCUGCACCGGCUGUACGACGGGGACCCCCUGCCGGUGCUACAGCCGGAUCUGGGCGUGCGCACUGUGCUGGAUGCGGGGGCCGGUGCCGGCAUUCUCUCCGUGCUCCUUGCGUGCAUGUAUCCCACAGCAGUGCUGGUAACCACAGAAGCCUCAGAAUCCGGGUUCCGCGCUCUCUCCCUCAACACCGCGCCCUAUGACAACGCCAUUGCACUCAGAGCAGCGCUGUGGUCGCACGUGACCAGCCUGGUGCUGCAGGUGGAUGGGGGCCGGGCGAGAUUCAUUGAAGUGGAACAGAACGCUGCGGGUUCACUCCUCAACGCGUCUUCAGCAGCAGCAGUAACAGGCCUGUCAGGCUCCUUCCUGCUCCAGUUCCUCGGCCUGCGUCGCUUCGACCUGGUCCGAAUCAACAUGGAGGGCAACGCGCGAGUCCUUCUCAACCUACACGCCCCCCACGACUCCAUGUGGUUACUCGCCGGCCCUCGCCUCGUUGCCUUCGACUCUCGCCCGGAAAUCCUCACGCUCACACUCCCUGCCGAUGCCUCCCCUUCCGCCCCCGCGUCUGCGGCACGGCCGCUGGUUGCGGCGUUUUACGGGGCGCAGUCCCCGCCAGCGUAUCAGGAGGUGAAGGAGGGCAUAGGAGCAGAGUACAUAGUGUUUCGGAGACGGGCUAGUAGCUGA